AUGAAUACUAAUCAGUGUUCAGGUGCUGGAGGAGGAAAGAAGCAACAGGGUGACCGGAGGACCUCAUCAGAAGCGAAUAAAAGCAAAAAUUCUGGAGAACUAUCAAAGGAAUCAAUGGAACCAUACAGGUCAAGACGAAGGAAAAAACGCGACCAGAGCGACCAGAAGAAUGUAUCGAUUGAAGAUAUCAAAAGGAAACGAGAAUUACGUAGAUCGCAAGAAUUAGUUAGUAACCCAGCACCCAAUAAUCCUCCCGCUGUCGAUGAGGGGACUGUAGAUGGUGUAUACGAAGACAUUGUCAUCAAGAACGCCAAAAACCAGGCAAACGACACUCCGGCCAACAAUAAUGUGGAAGUUGAUUCCGUCUUUGUUCCUUCAAAUAAGAAAUAA